GAGUACUGAUCAGACAUAAUCUCGAUCGUAAAUUAUUAUCACUAUAUAAUCGAAGAUAUCAAUUAAAAAUAAUGAUCAUAUAGAGAUCACGAGAUUCUCGAAUUUGGAAAACAAACGUUUAUCAGGGACAAUUUGCCAGCAUGAUAAUAUCAAAGAAAAAAAAAAGAAAAAAGAAAUAACACUUGGACAAGUCUCGCACACCCAAUUAUUAUAUACCUAGAGUAUAUAUAAUAACACCUCUUUAAUAGCACCUUAAAUACUCUAUACUUUUGGCCGAGGAUUAUCAAAGAGUUUUUGUAAAAGAAGAUGAAAAAAAAAAAAAAAGAAAAAAAGAAAAAAUCUCGCCUCUUUGUAAAUUCUACUUCGUAUUAUUAUGCAAUAACUCUCCCACUUUUUUGAUAAAAAUCGUAUAUAAAACGCCAUCGUCCAUGUUACCUUUUGAUUUUUUCAUUUGCCAUUAACAACAUUGGUCUAUAUUGCUCUUUUUUUUUUCUCUCUCUAUUCCUCCUAUUUUUUGUUUUAUCGCUUUAAUUCUCAAAAUGAAACGAAUACAUUUGUUCUUGAUCGCGUCACUCUUCGUCGCUUCGUUCGUCGAGGCUGAAGUCGACUUGAGAAAAAUCACUGCACCUCAACGUAAAAAGUGUCUCGCUGAGAUAGGAUUAACAGAGGAAAUCAUCGACGAGGCAGAAAUUGGAAACUUUUCUGAAGAAGCUAAACUCGGUUGUUACUUUAAAUGCAUGUUAGAAAAGUUUAAUAUGUUCACCAAAGAUGGUAAAUUAAAUUUCAAAAUGAUUUUAAUGUCCAUACCAGAAAUAUGGAAAUCUUUGGCUGAAGAUAUGAUCAACGAGUGUCGUGAUGUCACUGGUUCUGAUAAAUGCGAAUUGUCAUACAAUUUUAAUAAGUGCUUGUAUUUUGCAAAUCCUUUGGCAUAUUUCGUUCCUUAAAUUUCGACGAGUGAAACGAAUAAAAAAAACACAAACAAACCAAAAAAAAAAAAAAAGAAAGGAAAAGGAAACUGCAAACUAUUGCGAUUUUACAAAGCAGGUGAUUAAAAAGACAUGCAUCGUAUCAUGGAUGAAAUCAUGUAUACAAUUAUAUUAUGUGUAAAACAU